AUGGAAACCGAGAGUGCACAACCGAUUGAUUCUGACGAAGAUUCAGUACUGAUCGAACAAGUCCGGUUAACCGUCGCCACCACGGAUGAUCCAACACUGCCGGUAUGGACUUUCCGAAUGUGGUUCCUCGGAAUCCUUUCAUGCGCAAUCCUGUCGUUUCUCAACACAUUCUUCGCCUACCGAACUGAACCUCUGAUAAUCUCCAUGAUUUCCGUUCAAGUCGCCACUCUUCCGCUGGGGCGGUUCAUGGCGUCGGCUCUUCCGACGAACAAGUUUGUUGUUUUGGGGCAAGAAUUUUUCCUGAAUCCAGGGCCGUUUAACAUGAAAGAACAUGUUCUUAUUUCGAUAUUCGCAAAUGCUGGAUCUGCUUUUGGAAGCGGAACAGCUUAUGCCGUAGGGAUCGUCGAUAUCAUAAGAGCUUUCUAUCAUCGGAAAAUCUCCUUUCUAGCUGGUUGGAUUCUUGUCAUCACUACUCAGGUACUUGGAUACGGGUGGGCAGGUGUUUUGAGAAAAUACGUUGUGGACCCUGCACACAUGUGGUGGCCUAGUUCUCUUGUCCAAGUCUCUCUUUUCAGGGCUCUCCACGAGACCGAUGACUCGCGCAUGUCGAAAGCAAAAUUCUUCGUAAUCGCACUCGUUUGCAGUUUCUCGUGGUAUAUUUUCCCCGGCUACAUUUUCGCGACGCUCUCCAACCUCUCGCUCCUCUGCCUUUUCUUCACCAAAUCCGUCAUCGCUCAACAAAUUGGUUCAGGAAUGAAAGGGCUCGGGUUUCUAUCAUUCACGCUAGACUGGUCGGUCAUAGCGUCAUAUAUCGGAAACCCACUCGUGACCCCAUUUUUCGCCAUCCUAAACGUUUAUGUUGGCUUUGUCAUCGUCAUGUACAUUGUACUUCCUAUUACUUAUUGGGGGUUCGACUUAUAUAAGGCAAAAACUUUCCCCAUUUUCUCGUCGCAUCUUUUUGAUGGUCACGGACAGGUUUAUAACGUGUCCGCGAUCGUCAAUGAAGAUUUUGAGAUAGAUAUGGCCCGGUACAACGAACAAGGGCAAAUACAUAUGAGCAUGUUUUUCGCGCUCACUUAUGGCCUCAGUUUUGCGGCCAUCGUCUCUACGAUAACACAUGUUGUCUUGUUUACGGAAGGUACAGAAAUAAUGAACCAAUUUCGAGCUUCGACUAAAGGAAAGAUCGAUAUACACACAAGACUCAUGAGGAAAUAUGACGAUAUACCCGAUUGGUGGUUUUACGUGCUUGUUGGCGCUUCGUUUCUUCUCUCACUCGUGCUUUGUAUUUUCAUGAAAGAUCAAAUCCAAAUGCCAUGGUGGGGGCUCAUUUUCGCGUGUGGUCUUGCAUCGAUCUUUACUCUUCCGAUCAGCAUCAUAACUGCGACUACAAAUCAGACUCCCGGGCUAAAUACCAUCACGGAAUAUUUGAUGGGAGUCAUAUAUCCGGGAAGGCCGAUAGCUAACGUUACUUUCAAAACCUACGGCUAUAUCAGUAUGGCUCAAGCGGUUUCGUUCCUCAAUGACUUCAAAUUAGGCCAUUACAUGAAGAUCCCCCCUCGCUCGAUGUUCUUAGUUCAGUUUAUUGGAACCAUCAUCGCGGGUACUAUUAACAUCUCGGUCGCAUGGUGGCUAUUAUCAACCGUUGAAAACAUCUGUCAGGAUCAAUUACUUGCUCCUGAUAGUCCUUGGACUUGCCCCUCAGACCGUGUCUUUUAUGACGCUUCUGUCAUUUGGGGAUUGAUAGGGCCCAAACGAAUAUUUGGUUCUCUUGGCCCUUAUUCAGCCCUCAAUUGGUUCUUUUUGGGGGGCUUCCUUGGCCCCUUGCUCGUAUACUUGCUUCAUAAGCUGUUUCCAAACCAAAAAUGGAUCAAACUAAUCAACUUGCCGGUGAUUUUGGGGUCGUCUGGGUACAUGCCUCCGGCCACCAGCGUGAAUUUCAAUAGUUGGGCUUUCGUUGGUAUGGUCUUCAAUUUCUUCGUGCUGAGGUAUCGGAAGAGGUGGUGGCAAAGGUACAAUUACGUCCUCUCGGCAGCUCUUGACGCCGGUUUGGCAUUCAUGGGAAUACUUGUGUAUUUUUCGCUCUCGAUGUCCGAUAUCGGAAUUUCGUGGUGGGGUACCGAUGGCGAGCAUUGUGGUUUGGCUGAUUGUCCAACAGCUGAAGGUGUAGUCGUCGAUGGUUGUCCGAUCAAUUAA